UUUAAGGAGUUGUCCUUUGACCACCUGCAGUUGGAGAACCAACUCUUUUACUGCAGUUGUGCUUAAAGAAUCUUUAUUCUUUGCAGAGUAUCUUCAAAACUGAGAAGAUGAGAACAUAUUUGAUCUUGGUGGGUCUGCUGUCUAUAUGCAGCCUGUCCAUUAGUCAAGAAUGUAAUUCAAGGCAUCUGGUGAAUGUGGAUUUUCCGGGAACAGAUAUAACAUCUGUCUACUCUUCUGAUGCUGAGCACUGUCAGCACAUGUGCACCCAGCACCCUUCCUGUCUCUUCUUUACCUUCAUCCGAGCUGACUGGACCAGAGAUAACAGGCAUUUCUACUGCUACCUCAAGUCAACUCGCUCUGGACAGCCCAACAGUCAGACUCCACUUCUGGGCGUCACCUCUGGCUUUUCUCUCAAACCCUGCAGCACAGACCCACAGCCUUGCCUGCCCAAGGUGUACCCGAACAUGGACUUCCCAGGGGCAGACUACCAAACCUUGUUUACAGCAGACUAUGAAGAGUGUCAGAGGGCCUGCACACAGGAACCUGCCUGUCAGUUCUUUACCUAUGUAAAUGGAGUCUUUUCAACUGAGAAGAUCAGGUACAAGUGCUUCCUUAAAUUCAGAUGGACAGUUUCAACACCUCCUAUUGUGACGGCAAAAGUCGGAUUAGUGUCCGGAUUCUCCCACAAAACACAAAUAAAUCGAAAUUUUAACACAGCAUGUCAGGGCAAGUUUUUCCCAAGUACUGCCAUCCCAGGAAAUGACAUCCAGACACUGCCUGCUGCCUCUCCUGAACAUUGUCAGGCUCUGUGCUCUGCUCAGCCACGCUGCACAUUCUUCUCUUUUGACAGUACUAAUUUAAAUUGUCACCUGAAGAACAAUGCAAAUGAAAUGGUGACCAGAGCUAAAGAAGGAUUCACAUCUGGCUUACCAGCACGCUUCUGUCAGCUGGAUAACAGCUGGAUGAAGGUGGCUCAUGAAGAUGUAGAUUUUCCAGGUUCUGAUAUUCUCUAUGAGCUGAUGAAUGAUGCAGAACAAUGUCAGAAGAGUUGUGAUGAGAAUGCUAACUGCCAGUUCUACACCUAUGUCAAGGAAAACUUCAUUGACCCUGUUUAUAGGAGUCGCUGUUAUUUCAAGCGUGUCAUCACCAUGCCUGCUCCCCCUAAAGUUACCAAACUGGCCAAUGUCGUGUCUGGAUUCUCUCUGAAGAACUGUGUGCAGGGUGCUCUGCCCACACAUGGAGAUGUUUAAAUAAAAUGAGAAAGAAAAAAAUAAAGUGCAGAAGACACACAAAUAAUCCAGUAAAAGCA